AUGAUUUGCUUCAUCAAAAAGUAUAUCAGCGACAGCACUCUGGCACAGCCUCCUUUAUUGGUGAUGACCCAUGGUCGAUCUUCAACCUUUAACCUGGUCCCAGAUCUAAAGCGUGGAAACAACCACACCGCAGCACUGCGAACACGGUGGAAAGAAUUGAGUCGGGCUGUGGCACUCUAUUAUGGGGAGAAGUACCAAAAGAGUGUGCAGUAUCUGGAUCAAUUGGCCGAAAACCAAUUUUGGGCUGAUGCUGAAUUGAAGCCAUUGCCAUGGCACUCCCAGCCCCCAACUGAUCGACAGGCUGAGCCACCAAUGGUGAUGCAUCCAGCUGUAUUGAACUCCUUGGCAAUGCCACUAAGGGCAGUGUUCGGCGGAAACAGGCACAUCUAG